AUGAAAUUUAAAAGUAUUAUAUUUUUAUUAUUAAUUAUUUCUACAUUAUUCAUUAGUGGAGGUUGGGGCCUAACCUCUACAAGUAGCAAUGGAGGAUCAACAACUAGUGGAAACUCAACAACAAGUGGGGGAUCAUCAACUGGGGGAUCAACAACUGGAGGAUCAACAACCAGUGGAAACUCAACAACCAGUGGAGGAUCAUCAACAGGUGAUAUUGAUUCAGAAUAA